AUGAAGGAAACUUUUCGGUUGCACCCUCCGGGUCCUUUAAUCCCGAGAGAGGCAAGGGAAAGAUGUGAAAUUGGUGGAUAUACAAUACCAGCCAAGGCCAAAAUCCUCAUCAAUGCCUAUGCAAUAGGGAGAGAUCCAAAACUUUGGGCUGAUCCUGAAUGCUUUCAACCAGAGCGCUUUCAAGGUUCUUCCAUUGACUUUAAAGGCAACAAUUUUGAAUUGCUUCCAUUUGGUGCAGGUAGGAGGAUUUGUCCAGGCAUCUCAUUUGCUACUUCAAACAUUGAGCUUGGACUUGCUCAACUAUUGUACCACUUUAACUGGAACCUUCCAAAUGGGACUAAACUAGAAGCCCUCGACAUGGCUGAGAAUUUUGGAAUAACGGCUAGAAGAAAGAACAAUUUGCAUUUGAUUGCCACUACUUAUAUUCAUUUCAACAAAUGA